AUGAGUAUUCCAGAAACCCCUUCGGAGACCGGGUUCUUCAAGCCGCAACAAGGAUACGGGGACAUAAAAGUCAAGACUCACAAGUACAGUGAUGAGCCAACCCCAAUUAGUCCUGACCAAGGGAAAGCCAGUGAGUUUUUCCAUAAUCAAACUGAUAAGGAGCAUCAAAAGAAGUAUGCUAAAGAAGGAGGGAAGAAGUUAUUUCAUUUUUUGCUUAAUACUUUCUGUAAGUAA